UCCAAGUUUAACACACGUUGGUGUAGGCGAUGAAGAGACUAGUGUUGAUAUUUGCACUUGUGCUUCUUAUCGUGGAGCGAUCCAACAGUCAGGAGGAAUGCCAAGGAAUUUGCGUAAAAAAAGAUCUGUGCAAUGCAGAAAACAGUACUGAUGUCGUCGUAGUGCCUGUAGUUACCGAUUCGACCAACACAUUCAAUGUUGAUUUGAGACUAAACACUGGUUGUGACCGACUGGAAACUUGUUGUAAAGAAUCUGAUGUCAUUGCAAGUGCACCACCAAGAAAUAAUGCCGCAUUUGAACAAUGUGGCAUCCGGAAUGACAACGGAAUCGGUUAUCGGUUAGUUGGUGAUAAAGUUGGAUCAGCUCAGUAUGGAGAAUUCCCAUGGACGCUAAUGGUGUUGAAGAACCAGGUUUUGUUGAGUAUUAAGAAGGAGAUCUACGUAUGCGCAGCAUCACUGAUAGCCCCAGAUUUGGCUCUAACCACUGCCCACUGUGUAAGAGAACACAAGACAAUCAAUUAUUUGGUUAGGGCAGGAGAAUGGGAUACCAGUAGUUUUCAAGAGCUGUUUUCAACUCAGACACGUGGGGUAUCGCAAGUGCUUGUACACGAACAAUACAACGAGUAUCAUCACAACAAUAUAGCUCUUUUGAAAAUGGAAAAGCCCUACAAAGCUGAUCUGAAUAUUCAGACUAUAUGUUUACCCUCACCUCAGUUUCAAUUAGUCAGUGACGAGAAAUGUUUCACUGGUGCAUGGGGAAAGGACAAAUUCGAGCAAGGUCAAACACAGAACAUUCUUCGCAAAAUAGAAGUGCCGAUUGUACCUCACUCCAAAUGUCAGGAUGCAUUUAGAUCAACGCGUCUUGGAUCAUAUUUCAUCUUGGAUGAAAGCUACAUGUGCGCAGGUGGAGAGGAAAAUGUUGACGCCUGUACCGGAGACGGUGGAGCUCCGCUAGUUUGCCCUGCUGAUGGUAGCCGUUACUAUCAGGCAGGAAUCGUAGCUUGGGGAAUCGGUUGUGGACAAAAGAACAUACCAGGAGCAUACACAGAUGUUUCCAAAUUCGUAGAUUGGAUUAAAAAAAAUAUGGAGGCAUUGGGAUCUGACGUAAAUGCCUCAAAGUUUUGAUAUGUGUGUAGAACUCGUCGACAAAAAUAUGCAUGAUUUGAGAUUUUGGUACAACUAUAGAUUCUCAUCAUAAUCAACCAUAAACCACAUUUUGUUCAGUCUGGCAAGGUUUCAAUCAUAAUUUGAAGUAGUUUUCUUCCACUAUUGUAACAAACUGUCCACUCAACGCCGUCAUAUUUCAAUUCCAUACUUUAAAUAGUAAAAAAUGGUUGAAUAUUAUUUAUUCUAGUAAUAACAUAAAUAGACGAGUAAUAAAU